ACACAGAGAGAGAGAAAGAGACAGACUUUUUCUUAAUUGCGUUUGUGGGUGUGUGUUGUCUUAAAUUAAAUGCUUUCUUUGGAGGAAAAAUAAAAGAAAAAAAAAACUGUGAAAGCAAAUUGCAAAGCAAAGAGAAAUAGGAGGCAAGGGAAUUGAAAGCGCGAAUAACGCUGCCUCUAGAACAGUUUUCUCUCUCUGUUCUUCUUCUUCUUCUUCUCCUUCUGCUCAUCAGCUGAUUUCCAUUGCAAUUCUCCCCAAAAAAAAAAAACCCCACUUUCUUCUUCGUCUUAUUAGAGCUGGCUCAGCAAAUUAUAGCAUGUAUAUAUAAUAUACCCAGAAAAAGAGGAAAGAGUUUUACCCAUCUCUGAUAUGGAUUUUCGGUCAACAGAAUUAUUAGCAGUAGUAAUAAUAACAGUAGUGCAGCAAUGGCUGGGUUCUUCUCUUUAGGAUCAUCAUCAUCAUCACCGCCACCAGGAGGAUCAGGAUCAGGAUCAGGAAGAGGAGGAAGAUUAAGAUCAUCGGGACCCACUUCAACAAACCCCGAAAUUCCCCCACCGGAGAGCCUCUUCUGGUACAAGAAUGACCAGGAAGUUCCGUCCUCCUACAAAACGUUCGAGCUCUGGCAACAGCAACAGCAGCAACAAGCUGAACAACACCACCACCAACAUCAUCUCUUCUACCGACACCAGCAAGAUCUCUACUCCUCCGCGGCGGCGCUAGGGGUGGGGCCCAGCUCGAUCAACGCCGGCGGCGUGUCGGAUGAGUCGUCAUCGAGAUCUGCGUUCGUGAUGAUGAGGUCAUCGACGUCUUCCGGAGGAGGCAGUGGUGGAAUCAGUUGCCAAGAUUGUGGGAAUCAGGCGAAGAAGGACUGCAUCCACAUGAGGUGUAGGACUUGUUGCAAGAGCCGAGGGUUCGAGUGCUCGACCCAUGUAAAGAGCACAUGGGUCCCAGCUUCCAAACGAAGAGAACGACAACAUCAGCUUCUGCAACAACAACAACAUAACCUCUCUUCUGAAGCCAUGAUUAACGAACAAGGUGGUGAAAUUCAGGUUCAUCCCAAGAGGCAGAGAGAGAUCACUACUAAUACUUCUCAUCAGAUUGUUUGCCCUACUACUACUGCUCGUAAUUUGCAAACCAACAUUACUACUACGUCAGGGUUGGAAGUGGGAAACUUUCCGGCGGAAUUGAGCUCAAACGCGGUGUUCAGGUGCGUGAGGGUGAGCGCGGUGGAGGAGAAUGAUGAUCAGUAUGCGUAUCAGACGGCUGUGAACAUCGGAGGACAUUUGUUCAAGGGAAUUCUAUACGACCAAGGUCCGGAAACCAACUACAGCAGUACUUCUAAUAUGCAGGCUGCUGCAGCCGGAGAAAGCUCCUCCGGCGGAGUUCAGCCGUUGGAUCUCAUCACCACCACCGCUGCCUCUCAAGCCACGCCGUUUGAUCCCUCGUCUCUAUAUCCCCCUCCGCUCAACACUUACAUUGCCGGUACGCAAUUCUUCUUACCACCAAGAUCUUAGAGAAAAAGAAAUUACAUGAAAAAAAAGGAGAAAGAUUUAA